AUGAGAGAAAGACAACAAGACCAACAAACAUCCUCAAACAUCCUCAGGCAGCAAGCUGCAGGCAUGGACUUUAACGGCACAUGGAAAGUUUAUCAUGAAGAAAAUGUCACAGAUUUCUUAAGAACAAUUGGUAAGAAUUGUUUAAUAUUCAUAUCAUUCAUGUGCACAUGCAUGCUGAGAUCUUUUUUUACGUGUCUUCAAGGUGCACCUGAGAUGAUGGUCAAAAUGCGAGGGGAGAACAAGCCGGUGAUAGUGAUAGAGCAGAACGGGAAAGACUUCAUCUACACAGUAAAGACCCCCAUUGUCACUAAAGUCCACUCGUUCACCAUCGGGAAGGACACGGAGAUGACUGCUGUGGAUGGCAGGAAGUUUAAGUGCACUGUCAGAGAAGAGGAGGGGAAGCUGAUUACCCAGACUGAGAAGUUCACCUCUGUCCGAGAGAUCAUUGGGGAUGAAAUGGUUGAAACCAUGACUGCUGGCUCUGUGACUUUCAUCAGCAAAAGCAAACGGAUCUGAUCAACACCUGGACCAUCAACAUCUACUAACUGAUCCCACUUUCUUAACUUUAAGCAGGAGUCCAUGUAAAAAAAAAAAAACUUUUUAAAAAAUUGCCCAAUAAGGCUGUUUUCUUGUGGUUUAUGUGUUCUGGUUCCAAUGUUAAGUGAAAAGUAAAAAAUACAGUUUAUAAGUGAGAUCUUCUGUAAGAUACAAAAUAUCAUAAUGAUUGCAAAACAAGUGAA